AUGGAACAGUGCGCCAUUCAAGAUUGCUUGCAGAAAAACUCCUUCAAUGAGGACAAAUGCCAGACACAAAUUGAUGCACUGUAUGAAUGCUGCAAUGCCUUCUACCAAGAGCGAGGUGACCAGGCAUCUACUGUCAGCUGUCCCAAAGCAAAUUUGCUGCGGUUGAAGAUGAAGCAACGUGCUCAAGCAGCAAAGCAAUGA